AUGGUCGGCCGAGGCGCCCGUCGCGAGUUACGGCCAGAAGAGUUCCCCACCAUCGAAGCCGUCGACGAGUCGCGGUACCUCUCCGGGCGUAUCCUGGAGGAGUGGGACAAGGAGGUCAAGCUGCAUGGCCACAGCGGGGCGAAACUGUGGCGGGUGGUCGGCAAGGUGUUCGGCCGCCAGUACACUAUAGCGGGGUUCUGGUACCUGCUGGAAUCGUGCUUCAAGAUGGGAGAGGGGUUGACUCUGGGAUACCUGCUACAGUGGUUCCAGGAUCCGAAUGCGACGAAGAGGGAGGGGUUUUUAUGGGCGUUGGGGGUGUCGAUUUGUGUCGCAAUGCAUGCGAUCUUGCACCAUGUUGUGUUUCUGCAGGGGAUGAGGACGGGGACGCAGAUUAGGGUUGCGUUCAUUGCCGCGAUUUACCGGAAGUGCCUCAACCUAUCCGUGUCGAAUGCGUCGUCGACGGGGUUGAUCGUCAACCUGGUGUCCAACGACGUGCAGCGCUUCGAGGACGCCGGGCCGUUUGCGCAUUACGCUUGGAUCGCACCUGUCGAGCUAGCUAUGGCGCUUUACCUCAUGUACAUCCAAAUCUCAUGGGCGGCGUUCCCGGCCAUCGGGUCCCUGUUGCUGGUCAUCCCCAUGCAGACGGCGUUCGCGGCCCAGUUUGCAAAGCUGAGGAAGAAGCUCGUUGUCUUCCGUGACGACCGGAUCAAGACCAUCUCCGAUAUGCUUGGCGGGAUCAUGGUUGUGAAGCUGUACGCUUGGGAGAUUCCGUUUAUCAAGAAGAUUGACGAGUUGAGGAACACGGAACUGCGAUACAUCAAGAAGGCUUCCGUGUUGCGGGCAAUCAACGAAGCUUUGUAUUUUGCGUCGUCUAGCCUCACUUCUCUGUUCGCUUUCGUCACUUACUUUCUGAUGGGAGGACUGUUGACACCCGCUAAAGUGUUCACCUGUCUCGUCUACCUAUCAAACGUCCGUCUAACCGUAACCAACUUCUUCCCCAAAGCCCUCCAGUUCACCUCCGAAUCCCGCAUCUCCCUCCAACGUAUCGAAGCGUUCCUCGCCCUCCCCGACAUGGAAACCGAAGAAGCGCAUCACAAGCAAGUAGAGUUCAUCGACACCCUCAACGACCCUACCAUCAUGGUUGCCGUGCGCAAUGGAACCUUUGCCUGGGCUGGAGGGGUGCAGUCGUUGGAGAAUAAGGAGGUUGUUCAUCAGACGUUGGAGGAGGCUGCGGAGCAGGUCAGGCCGAUCCUGAAUAACAUCGACCUGACGGUGCGGAAGGGACAGGUCAUCGGCGUAUGUGGUCCUGUCGGGGCAGGGAAAAGCUCGCUGCUCAACGCUCUCCUGGGGGAGAUGUACUCAUCCCCCGAAACGAAGCUGGGCCUGCGGUCACGUCGCCUGGCCUAUUGUAGCCAGAACCCGUGGAUUCUGACGGGGACGAUCAAGGAGAACAUCCUCUUUGGAAGGCCGUUUGAGGAGACGUGGUUCUGGGAGGUUAUCCGCGCUUGUGCCAUGGAGCGGGACGUCAGCCGGUUCGCCAACGGGAUCGAUACCGUCAUCGGCGAGCGAGGAGUGACUCUUAGUGGAGGCCAGAGGGCACGUCUGGCGCUUGCCCGAGCGGUGUACUACAACGCCGACAUCUACUUCCUGGACGACCCACUGAGCGCCGUUGACGCCAACGUCGGCCGGCACUUGUUCGAAAAGUGCAUCAACGGGAUCCUCAAGGACAAGGCGCGGGUGCUGGUAACUCACCAACUGCAAUAUAUCCAAGGCUGUGACCACGUCGUGGUCAUGGAAGGCGGGCGGAUCGCUGGCGAGGGAUCGUUUGCUGAGGUGAUGAACACGAAGGACAGCGUGUUUGCGUCGGCGUUGAAGGAUUUCGCGGAGAAACCUGCGGAUAUGGACAAGUCGCUUGAAGAUGAGGAGGAUAUACUUGCGCCGGAGUCGCCGUCGGUGUCGGUUGACACCAAUACCACCUCUGUUGUCCCGAGCGCCCGGCCGAAGGCGGAGGACGGGAAGAAGGCCAAGACGCCAGACGCUACGGACGCACAUACGGAGAUGUCCAAGGAGACUCUUACAGUCGGAUCCAUCUCUGGCGACGCAUACUACAAGUACUUCUCGUCAGGAUCGUCGGUCCUCACUACUGUCACAUUGAUCAUCAUGCUCAUUGCCGGUGAAGCCAUCAUGGACGUCGGAAACUGGUGGCUCUCACGGUGGUCGCAAUCCAACGAAGAGGGAAAGAGAAACGCUACCAACGCGUGGGUAUUCACCAUCUUCGUAUUCGUAACCGUGGUAGUCAGCAUGUUCCGUGCCCUACUCUUCUUCUUUGUGAGCUGGCGGGCCGGCAAAGUACUGUUCCAGAAGAUGGUCGCCAGCGUCUUCAAAGUCCAGAUGAGCUUCUUCCAAAACAACCCCCACGGCCGGCUCAUGAACCGUUUCUCGAAGGAUAUCAACCUACUCGACGAAAUGCUGCCACAGACCUUCUUCGACUUUAUCCAGUGUGCCUUCAUGGUCGUCGGCACCCUCGUCAUCAGCGUCGUCGUCAUCCCCUACCUCUUGGUCCUCGUACCCUUCAUCGCCCUAGCGUUCUACUUCCUCCGCACGGCAUACAUCGAAACCUCCCGCCAAAUCAAACGUAUCGAGGCCGUCACCCGCUCCCCCGUCUACUCCAGCUUCCCAUCCACCAUCGAAGGUCUGAGCACCGUGCGUGCGUUCAGCGCCGAACGACAGUUCGAGGACCGGUUCGUUAACCUGCAGAACGACAACACGAGCAAGUACUUUAUGUUCUUGAGUUGCGCGAGGUGGCUUGGGUUCCGUCUUGACGUUGGGAGCGCGCUGUUUUUGGCCGUUAUUGCGUUCGCGGCCGUCGGGUUACGCGACUCGAUGGGUCUGCGACCGGGUCUCAUUGGACUGCUUCUCAGCUAUGUGCUGCAGCUUACCGGUCUGCUGCAAUGGUGCGUGCGGCAAUCCGCGGAGGUGGAGAACUACAUGGUUUCUGUUGAGCGUGUGCUGGAGUACACCGACCUGCCACCAGAAGAAACGGAGGAGGACAUCAAGCGGUCCCGGGCUGUGCACGCCGCCACCAACGGCCAGCCGCCAGAAUCAUGGCCGUCGGGCGGUGAAGUCAAGCUCUCAGGCAUGUCGCUGACCUACCCGGGAACAGCCAAACCGGUCCUCCGCGGCAUCACCAAAACCAUUCCAGCAGGAACAAAAGUAGGAAUCGUGGGGCGAACGGGUGCAGGGAAAUCGUCAUUCCUCCAAGCCCUCUUCCGCAUCGUCAACCCGACCCCCGAAGGCUGCGUCGUCAUCGACGGCAUCAAAACCUCCGACGUCUGUCUGCAAGACCUCCGUAGCCGGAUCAGUAUCAUCCCUCAGGAGCCGUUCUGCUUCAAAGGCAACCUCCGCUUCAACGUCGACCCGUUCGGCACCGUGCCCGAUGACGUGAUCUGGAAGGUACUAGGAGUUGUCGAGCUCAAAGAUCGCGUGGCCAACGGGCCGGGCAAACUGGACGCGGAGGUUGCGGAGAACGGGGGCAAUUGGAGUGUAGGCGAACGGCAACUCAUCUGUCUCGCGCGAGCCAUCCUACGGAACACGAAGCUGAUCGUCAUGGACGAAGCGACCUCCGCCGUCGAUCUGCGCACCGACGCACUGCUCCAAUCCGCAAUCCGUGACGGGAUGUUUGCCGACGCGACGGUGCUCACCAUCGCGCAUCGUCUGAACACCGUCAUCGAUUACGACCAUAUAAUGGUGCUGGACGACGGAUGUCUCGUUGAAUCGGGCACGCCGUUUGAGUUGCUGGCCAAGGAUGCGUCGGUGGAAGAUGCGUGGUUUGCACGGAUGGUGGAGGAUAUGGGUGAGGAUGCGCGGGCGCACUUGCGGAAAGUGGCGGAGGAGAAGGAGAUGUUGCGGCGGGACAGGGAGGCGGGUGUGCUGACGGAGUAG